UAGUAAACUGUUAGAAACUUUGAGCGAGUGCGGUUGUUUGAACACAAAGUGAUAAAAUAUCCCGUCGACAUUGUUCUCUGUGAUUUUUUUUUAUCUACUACUUAAAAAAUAACUGCGUGAAUGUGCAGCCGAAAUAACGACUUUGAUAUCCGCAUCCAGCGCUGCGACCUCAACUUCAACCAAGUUUACUUGGGCAUUUUCUGAAGACUCUGCAUGCUGGAGCCUGAACGUGGCUUUCUGCAGACCCAUUCUCAAGAAGGGAAACCUUUGUGAGACGCUGAAGAACGGCCAGUUCAUCCACUUUUAUCAUACUGGAAUCUGCAGAAUAAUAAAAUGGCUACAAGGUCCCAUAUUCCCUUGAUGCUUCUUGCAAUAUGUUGCCUGGCAUCUGCAGGACCGCUGUUUCGCAGCCCAUGUGAGUUGCUGCCAGUGGGGACGGGACACCCAGUGCAAGCCAUGCUGAAGAGCUUCACUAUCCUGUCAGGGUGUGCAAGCAGGGGCACCACCAGCUUGCCUGAGGAGGUCCACAUCAUCAACCUGAGAGGACAUGCUCAUGAGGGACCAGACAACUCUCCAGUAAAAGUUGACUUACAUUUGAAGCCCAUCCAGUCGAUGCUGCACCACCAGAAGCCCCUGGUCUUCGUGCUCAGCUCCCCCCAACCAUUGAUCUGGAAUGUCAAAACAGAGAACCUGGCUCUGCGCAUCCAACAUACCUUUUAUGUAUCUUUGGGCUCACAGGUCAGGUUUAAGCCGGAAAACUUCUCCCUCUUCACCCGCAUACAGCAAGAGACCUUUCCCCACGGCAAUGAGCAACUCCUCAACUGGGCCCAGAAGAAGUACAGGGCAGUCACCUCUUUCUCUGAGCUCAAGAUGACUCAAGACAUCUACAUCAAAGUCGGAGAAGAUCCACUGUCUUCUGACACCUGCAAGAUUGAUUCCAAGUUCCUGUCUUUGAACUACCUGGGCAGCUACAAGGAGCCACAGACAUCAAAAGGCUGCGUCCUCUCUGUGCCCCACAAAGACAAAGAAGUCCACAUCAUUGAGCUCCAAGCCCCAAAUGCCAGCAGUGCUUUCCAGGUGGAUGUCAUAGUUGAUCUGCGGCCACUGAAGGAAGGUACCUGGGUACAUCGUGACGUUGUCUUGCUGCUCAAAUGCGCUAAAUCUGUGAACUGGGUCGUCAAAGUCCACAAUGUGACGGGCAAUGUGCAUGUGGUGGCCUCUAAUACAGUGACUGUUGGCUCACAGGCGCUAGUGUCCAAAUCCCCCAUGCAGCGCUUGCCAUCAGGGCCACAAGCCUUAAUCCAGUGGGCAAGCGAUCUUGGCCACAAUCCAGUCACAUCUUACACCAGCACUCCCGUGGCAAACCACUUCAAUAUCCGACUUAGAGAGCCAGAUGUCGUGGAUUCUCUGGAGAGCAAAUUACCUCCCGAACUCGCCAUCCUGCGUGAUUCUAGUCCUCUUCCUGACGCUGGAACUCCACUGCGACGAUCCGGUCUGCCGUUUCCAUUCCUUACAACUGGGGGCAUGCCUCCGCUGGGACACCUGCCCUAUGAGCCCGAUGAGCCCGAAAUCACUUUGAAUGUUGACCAUAGUGUGCAGUGCAAAAAAGAAAGGAUGGUGGUCAGCAUUGACAAACAGAGUCUGCAGGCAAGCGGGUUUACAAAUGCCAGCCUCACACUUCAAGACCCACAAUGCAAAGCAACAGUCAAUGCCACCCACUACACUCUGGAAACUCCUUUGACUGGCUGUCAGACCACCGAAUUUACCAUAGAGGAUAGCACGAUCUACAUCAAUUCUGUCACUGUAAGUCAUGCUGAGACUAAAGAUGGGAAUAGCGACCAGAGAGGCCCCGAGAGUAUGCUUCCCGUGAAAACGUUCGAUUCAUCCACCAUAUUGUUCAACUGCACAUACACAAGAAAAACUAAGAAUCAGGAAACCUCAGCUCCCAGGAUUGUACAGGAACCACCAAGGCAACCGGUCAACAACAUGACGUUUAACAUGGAGCUGUACGACUCGCUGCCUAUCAACAACCCUGCACGCCAGAAUUUCUUCACCGUUUCACAAAAUCAGAAAGUGUUUGUGGAGAUCACAUCAACUGCAUCAGAUCCAGAACUGGGGUUCACCAUCAUAUCGUGCUUCAUUUCUCAUGACUCCAAUCCCAGCGUGUCUUUAGGGUACACACUCAUUGAGACAGUUUGUCCCACAGAUGCCUCCAUCACAUACUAUCCUCAAUUCCCUGUCCAUCCUACAAAGAUGGAUAAGAAAACCUUCAGCUUCAUCUUCAACUCAACUUUCAAAGUGUCCCUGCUUUUCCUGCAUUGUGAGAUGUCUCUGUGCUCAAAGUCAUCUCAGAGGAAUCUAAAUUUACCACAGUGUUUGCCACCCAUUGAAAACUGUGAUUCUCUCUCUGUGGACAAUAUCAUGGCGAUGAUGAUGAACAAAAAGGUCUCGACUCAACCGCUGGUUGUGGUGGAUUACUUGAGCCACAUACCAGAUCCUACAUCAAAAUUAUCAGAAGAGCCACGUAAGCCCUCUCCUGAUGUAGUGUAUGUACUGGACACUCCUGUGGUGGUGGGCAUCGCCUUUGCAGCCUUUGUCAUCGGGGCUCUCUUGACCGCAGCUCUGUGGUUCAUCUACGCGCACACAGGUGAGACAGCUGGCACACAGCCGGUCCAGAAGUCCCAGCCUGCCUCGGAGAACAGCAGUACAGGCCACAGUAUCGGCAGCAUGCAAAGCACACCGUGUUCCAGCAGCAGCACCGCGUAGCCCAGCAGGAUGCACUGCCAGGAAGUUCUGACGGUUCACAGGGACCGGUUUGUUAUCUCCUUCCAUGAAAGGAAUUAUUUUUGGGGACGUGACAGGACAGAAAAAAAAGCAUGAUUACAAAAAAAAAAGAAAAAAUAACACCUUAAGUCCUUGUCCUAAAUUGGUGCCACUUUAAGCGUGUGCAGACAAAUGAACUGUCUUGGUUAUGUUGAUGUGUGUUAGUUCUGAGACACAGCUUGGCAGCCUCAUCCGAGAAACAGAUGCAAGUUUAUUUCAGACAUUUCUUUCGAAUCCAAAUGCUGCUUUUUUCUGACCACAACACAGCCUUUUGUUUUGACCUUAAAUGGUUUGAUUGGGGCUGGUUGUGCUAAGCAGGUGUGCUCAGAGAGCAAGCCAACACAAUAAGGCUGGAGUGACGUCAGUAUUAGUAAGUGAGAUGUUGAUGGCUGGGCCGGAGCACGUUGUUUUAUGACAGUGGAACCUAGAAAGUUGCAAGGAAGCAAAUAAACCACUAUUUUCAUGCGGACAAGUGUGCAGUAUGAACAAGUCAUCAUCUUGACUCAGAGAUUAUGGCUUUAAAAAGGUAGUCUGGGUAUGAAUGUGUUCAAAAGGGUAAAUGCCAAAAAAUGUGAAUGAAAAAUGUGAAAGACGUGCUGAGAAAAUUCCACAUUUUCGAAUUGUUUGUACUUUUUAAUGGAUUCAGCCACACAGGCCGGUAAAGUAUAUUGAUCUAAUAGUGUGCUUUAGUAACUCUUGGUAUAGGCAAAGAUUUGAGUUUUGGUUUCACUCAACUUCACAGGGGCAUUAUGGGUUCCCUUUUACUAGCUGUUGUUAAUGGAAGACUUCAGCAUUAAGAGAAAUAUUUGCUUAUUAUUAUUUGAGAUGAUUGACACUUCUUUUAUGUCUGUGUGUGAAUUAUAGAGCUCUUUUCAGUUGAUGAGUGGCCUAGCUUAGCAUACCUGGUGGAAAUGAGUAGUUCAGGGGAGUGGUAGUCAUUUCUAGGAAGAGUAGUUCCGGGUAAUAGGCCUAAAACACUCAGUAUGUUUAAGUCAUGGUGAAUAUAAAAUACAAAAUAUUAGGAAUCAAUAUUUAUUUGUGACAGCAAGACUAUAAUUAUGACAUGAAUAAUAACUAAAUUAUACAGUGGGCAGGCAUUGUUUUGGAACUUAUUGCAGGGAGUGAUUGACUCUUUUAUGUGUGAGACCUUUUUAAUGCUAAAGUUACAAAAAUGGCCAUAAAUUGAUUUAUGUGAUUUAUUUUUUAUAUCUCUUUUAUGAAAUAUUAUUGAACAUUUUACAUUUUAUGUAAAAAAUGUUACCCAGGCUCAGUUAUAGGACUGAACUAUCCCUUAGGUUUGUGGAUUAGUGAGCAUUAAAUACUCUGUCCAAAAGUUUGGAAAUAGGCCCACCAAACUAAAGCUUUGGACACCUAGCAGCUAGGCUAUUCCUUAUGCUAAACCUAGCUUAUCACCAACUUUAGUGUAAAGCAAUUUUUAAAAAAGACAUGCUACUUUAGAUCUUGUCUUUUUAUGAAAAAAAUCAGAAAAGUUAAAAUGAAAAUUUGGGACAUUUUUAAGCGUGGCCUUUUUGUGCCUCAUAUUACUGAUUCUUUCUGCCGGCAGUUUGUAUGCUAAGCUAUGCUAGUCCGCCACUGCCUUCAGCACUAUAUUCAAUACUGAUGCAACUCAUGUUAAGCAAGUGAAUAAGGGUAUUU